GCUUCUGAAAACUACAGACUGAAAGGACCUGCAACACGACAAAACAAUGAACCAAAUUGAAAUAAAACAGCAGUCCUUUGCCUGUGGCUUGUUGCUGCUGCUGCUGCUGCUGCUGCUGACUCUGCAACAAAGUCACUCUUCUUCGGCCAGCAAAAAUGCAAACUUGAAUCAAUGUUUAAAUAAUUCAGACUACGCGAAACUGAGAAACAUACUAAAAAAGGGGCUCCCAAAGACACAAACCCCGUCUCGUUUCGUUAUUGUUGGGGCUGGCAUGGCUGGACUCACUGCUGCCAAACUGCUGCAAGAUGCUGGACAUAAGGUUACCAUAUUAGAGGCAAGUGAGCGAGUUGGAGGACGGGUAUUGACCCACAGGAAUGAAGAAGAGGGCUGGUAUGUCGACUUGGGGGCCAUGCGGAUUCCAUCUUUUCAUCACAUUCUCCACCAGUUAAUUGACCAACUGAAUACUCCCACAACACCUAUUUACUUGAAUCGCUUCAUCAUGACUGAUGAAAACACCUUUUACCUGGUAAAUGGGAAAAAGCACAGGACUUCUGAAGUAAUUAAAAACCCCGACAUCCUGCCUUACAAUCUACCCCCUGGUGAGAGGAAUAAAUCAGCCAGUGCUCUGCUGGAGGAAGCUUUAACAGAGGUGAGGUGUGUAGUGAAAAGCAAAGGGUGUGUUGCAGCGCUGAAGAGAUUUGAUCGCUAUUCUGUAAAGCAAUAUCUGCACGAACAUUUGAGUUCAGAGGCCAUUAGGAUGAUCGGCGACAUACUGAAUGCAAACAGCAUCAUGGACAAGGCUCUGACUGAGAUGAUUUACCUUGAGAAUGAUAUCAGCGACAGUGUGACAUAUACAGAAGUGACUGGUGGGACGGAUCUGAUCCCCACAACUUUGUUCAAAACUCUUAACAGUACCACCACCAUUUUCAACGCUAAAGUCAAGAAGAUCAGCCAGUCAGAAAAACCAGUAACAGUGUGGUAUCAGCACAAAGAAAACGAACAAAGCAGCAUCAAGAGCAUCAAAGCUGAUGCUGUUCUGGUCACAUCCUCUGCUAAAGCAACUCUCUUUAUUGAUUUUGAACCACCUCUGCCAACGCCCAAAAUGGAGGCUCUGAGGUAUCUCCGAUAUGCAAGCUCCACCAAAAUUGUCCUUACAUGCAGCGAGAGAUUCUGGGAGAAAGAUGGCAUCUAUGGAGGAAAGAGCAUCACAGACAGGCCAUCUCGAUUCAUCUACUACCCGAGUCACGGAUUCCCAGGAAACAAAACAAUCGGCGUCCUCCUGGCAUCCUACACCUGGGCUGAAGACUCCCACAACUUGGUGGGUUUGACAGAUGAAGACCUGAAAGAGGUGGUCCUGAAAGACCUGGAACUGAUCCAUGGCAAUAAGGUCAGGUCUCUCUGCACGGACGUGCUGGUGAAGAAGUGGAUUCUGGACCCUCACAGUAUGGGCGCAUUCUCUCUUGCUACUCCCUAUCAACACUUGGAGUACGGAAAGCUGCUCUUCCAGAACGAGAGCCAGAUUUAUUUUGCUGGUGAGCACACAGUAUUCCCUCAUUCUUGGAUCGAGUCGGCUAUGAUAUCUGCAAUCAGGGCUGCUACUAACAUGACAACGGAGGCAAGAAGUUCCUCGGAUACAGACACGGCCAGAGAUGAGCUGUGAGGUCUUUAAUCUUGUAUCAGUUGCUGUUUUUGGGAACUUUGUCUUUUUAUUAAUCAUUUUUAACUGAAAGAUAUUCACCAUCAUUAGCUCUGUAUGUUUUAAACUACUUUAAAUGUUGGUGGUUUUCACAACCCGACUGGCUCCAGAUUUUUGGUCCAAGUCACUGAUGCCAUAAACUCAUUAAGCAGUUAAGAGUUUAGACUUAAACAUCUUUAAGAAAAGUAUAAAUUGCUUUAUUGUUUUAGUCACAGUGACUAAAUAGGAACUUGAUUGUUUGUGGGAUUUUCUUUAUUAUGUGUCCCUUUUUUCCUUUUUCAUCCUUAUCGUUUAUAUUUUUGUCUUUGAUGCUUCUGUUUUUUCAAGGUUCAAAGUUCCCAUUAGCAAAAGAAUCCUUGGAACAUAUGUCUGAGUUCCUGCAU